AAACAGUUUAAGGAAUUUCAAUUGUAAUUUUACUGGUGAAUUUCAAAAUGUAUGAAAUUAAAAUCACAAUACACUUAUCAAAAUAAUAAAGGAAAGAAAAACACUGACAACGGUCGAAAUGGGAAAGUAAAUAUCUUAAACAAAAUUAUAUAUUUGUAUUCAAACAAGAUGAGUAUAAACGCCGGACGUGCAGCUGGUGAUAUGCUUUACGGCACCACGCUCUCUGCUGAAUCCAUGAAAGUGAUAGCAGAGAGCAUUGGCGUGGGCACACUACCGGAUGACGCCGCCAAGGAACUGGCGGAAGAUGUAAGCUUUAAAAUUAAGCGCAUUGUGCAAGAUGCUGCCAAGUUCAUGCAUCACUCCAAACGUGAGCGUUUAAUGUUGAGCGAUAUAGAUCACGCGCUCAAGGUACGCAACAUAGAACCCCAGUAUGGUUUUACGGCCAACGAUUUUGUGCCAUUCCGUUUUGCAUCCGGUGGUGGACGUGAAUUGCAUUUUAUUGAAGAAAAAGAAAUGGAUCUAAAUGAAAUUGUACAAAGUGGCGCGCCCAAAGUACCGUUGGACAUAACAUUAAGAUCUCAUUGGUUAGUAGUGGAUGGCAUACAACCGACAAUACCUGAAAACCCACCGCCUCUCUCAAAGGACUCACAAGCGCUUGAGUCUGUUAAUCCUGUUGUGAAAUUGGAACAAGGCGUGACGAAAGAUGCUGCCGGUAAACCGGCCACAGGCAAAAUACAUAAGCUACGCAAUGUGGAAACUGUGCAUGUUAAACAGUUGGCGACGCACGAAUUGUCCGUGGAACAACAACUUUAUUACAAAGAAAUCACCGAAGCUUGUGUGGGCUCGGACGAACCGCGACGUGGCGAAGCGCUCCAGUCGCUGGCGUCAGAUCCUGGUCUACACGAAAUGCUGCCACGUAUGUGCACAUUUAUAGCGGAAGGUGUGAAAGUGAAUGUGGUGCAAAACAAUUUGGCGCUGCUCAUUUACCUCAUGCGUAUGGUGCGCGCUCUAUUGGAUAAUCCAUCACUCUAUUUGGAGAAAUAUUUACAUGAGUUGAUACCAUCGGUCACUACAUGUAUUGUCUCCAAACAACUGUGCAUGCGUCCAGAAUUGGACAAUCAUUGGGCUUUGCGUGAUUUCGCAUCUCGUCUAAUGGCGAUGAUCUGUAAGAAUUUCAAUACCUCCACUAAUAAUCUGCAAACGCGUGUAACACGCAUCUUCAGCAAAGCGCUGCAGAAUGAUAAGACGCAUUUAUCUUCACUGUACGGUGCUAUUGCGGGUCUAACAGAAAUGGGCGCAGAAGUUGUGAAAGUCUUCAUUAUACCGCGUUUAAAAUUCAUAUCUGAGCGCAUUGAACCACUGCUGCUCGGCAACCAAAUGCAGAGUAAUACCGAUAAAACCGCCGCAGGUCACAUACGCGCCAUGCUGCAAAAAUGUUGUCCACCUGUGCUCAAACAAAUACGUCGUUCACCAGAUUAUACCGAAGAGUAUAGAAACGAUUAUGGUUUUAUGGGCCCAGCGCUGUGUCAGGCCGUAAUUAAAGCACGCAAUGCACCACCGUCUACCACCACACCAACACCGAGCAGCAUUUCUAAUGCACCAAUUACCUCAGCGGCGGCUACCGCUUCAACGGUGGGACGUCCACAAGUGACGCAAAUUAAUAGUUCUGUUGUGACGACCAUACCACAGUUGCGCGCCAUACAACAUCCCAAUCAGCCGCCACAGAAGUUUGUCAUAGUUUCGCAGGCGAGUACCCAGCAACAAGCGCAACAACAGCAACAAGUACAACAUAUGCAGCAGCAGCACACACAGCAACAACAACAAGUGUCCGCUAUACAUCAACGACCGGCAACGCCGCAAUCGGUGUUGUUAACCACGCAGCUGAAUGGCAGUGGCGGCAGUGUUGGUAGUGUGACUAAUUCGCUUUUGAAUAUCAGCGAUAGAGCAUCGGUCGACUCAAAUUCAAUAAUCAUUGAAACGGAAGAAAUACGCGCGCCACCAGAGUUGGAUGAUCUAUCGCAUUUGGAAUAAGUCAAAAAAUUAAAAAAUAAUAUUAAAUAAAUUAAAAGCAAAAUUUGUAUGCAAUUAGUUAUAGGCAAUAUUAUAUUAAGUUUUAAGUCAAUUGAGCGAAGAAUAAAUUUUUCUUAAUAAUGUGU